CACCGCACUUGCUUUCAAUUUGAAAUGAAAAAAUAAAAAAACAUUAGCUGUCAUACACACUAACACAAGUUUGAAAAGUAAAACUCUUUUAUUUUCUCUCUGGGCCAAGAGAAGGAUUCAACUCGAACCCAACAAUUUGUUGCAUUUCUGGGUACACUUCAUAUUUCAAUUUCAUCAGUUACCAAAUUUUAUUUCUCCACGGGAGGGAAAGUUAGUGUUAGGCGAAUCAAUAUGAAAUCGCUGGCGUCAGCUUCAUGGAAAGCCCCUCUAAAGUUCAGGAUGCCAACAGCUGAAAAUUUAAUACCCAUUAGGCUUGACAUAGAAGUCGAUGGACAGCGCUAUAAAGAUGCUUUCACUUGGAACCCUUAUGAUCCGGAUUCAGAGGUGGUGAUGUUUGCAAAAAGGACUGUAAAAGACUUGAAGCUUGCCCCUGGUUUCCUUCCGCAAAUUGUUCAAUCCAUUCAGUCACAGCUUGCCACCUUUCGAUCAUAUGAAGGUCAAGACAUGUAUGUUGGUGACAAGAUCAUUCCAAUUAAGCUUGAUCUUCAAGUCAAUCAUACAGUUAUCAGGGAUCAGUUUUUAUGGGACUUGAACAACUUUGAUAGUGAUCCUGAAGAAUUUGCUAGAACUCUCUGCACAGAUUUAGGCAUUGAAGACCCUGAAGUUGGGCCUGCAGUUGCCUUUGCAAUCAGGGAGCAACUUUAUGAGAUUGCAAUUCAAAAUGUAACUUCAGCAAGGGAGAACAGAAUAAGCAAAAAGGGUCGUCGGGCUGCUGAACAUUUCACUCCCAGUAAAGCUAGUGGUGCUGCACUGGACUUGAUGAAGUUAUUCAGUUUCAGGUCAAGUGUUGUCCGGAAAAGAAAGGAGUGGGAUUAUUAUAAACCCGUUCUUGACCUUUUAUCUAAUGAGGAAGUAGAUGCUCUCGAAGCCAAAGAAGAAAGGAGUGGCCGGUAAAUAGACAUAAUACGUAUAAAUGCAUUCUUUCUUGUCUUUUUCUGCUCAACGGUGUGUUAGAUGUUACAAGAAUCAAUAAUAUUAGGCAGUUUAUGCUGUUUAUAAACGAUAACAUUUUCAAGAACUAUUGUUAGCAUAAAAUUUAAUGGCGUCGGCCAAGUACUUAAAAAAACCCGACUUGGUUAAUAGUUUCCAAGUUCAUGUACUAGUUAGAUCUGAAAAAAGUUCAGGCACGAGUUAGGUAUAAGUUGUCAAGUUUAAAGGCUAAAGUAUAUAUUAAUUUUUUUUUAGGACUUAUAAA